UAUAAAUCACUUUUCAGCUGGAGGAAUUCACUGCCGAGAUCGUCUCCGAAUGCAAUUACAACUCCUGUUUCCAAAAGAAGAUGUAAACGACGUAAAAGCCCUUCUCCUGGACCCAAGAAUUAAGUCUAAAGCGGCUUCUAUUGUUAAUGAUGCCGCGAUUCUUGCUCAAGCGCAACAAGAACUUCAAUUGGAGCACGAAGUCAUCUAUAAGAAGAUGUUUGCCCAGAAUCUAGACGAUGAGGAAUACAAAGAAUCCGCUUGUGAACCCGCUCAGCAGACACCAACCUUUUUUCGUGUUCAAUUUAGCGCUGUAAAUUCACUAUUGGAGAUUGACGGGCCGUCAAUGGACAACGAAACUCGGCCAUUUCGAAAGGACUUGGGAAUGGAGGCGAGGAACUCGUGGAAUUAUUGGACGGGAUUGAACGUGAAUUGGCAGAAUGUCAGUACCGAUGGCGGUAAGUAUAAUGCUCUUCGACUCUAUCGCGAAAUCGACAUUCUUGCGUGGUUUCGGGAGCAUGGAAAAUGCCAAUUUCCUGCAGUUGCAAUCUUAGCCAGAAUUUAUCUCGCAAAGCCACUAUCAACUGCCAUUCAGGAGAGAUUUUUUAGCUUGAGCAGCUACGUUGUGAAC